CCACCGAUGCCCUCUGCCGCUUCUUUCCGCACCCUCUGCUUGUAAACAGAAGCACAUGGUUUUGGUUUUCCACUUGUUCGGCUCUUAAGAGCACACCAGACAAGCGAUGGCGUACCUCAAUUCAAUGGGUGCCAAAACCAUUGUUGAAUUUGACAACGAAAAACUAAAUGCUUAUUUAAAAGCAAAGAAAAAACCACAGCAGAGUCACAUAAUUCAUUCUGCCGCUCCAAAGGUUCCUUGGAACGAACCCAAGGUGACGGAUCCGAACUUGAAGAUUUCCGACACAGCUUUCUUCAGAGAAUUUGUCACCGGCGAAAAUUCUCCAGCUCAAAAGGAUUUCAACGCCUUCUUCUAUCAAACCUGGGAUCUUGCAAUGCCCUUCGUUUUACCCCGAGAGUACCUGAACAAGUCGUACAACAUGUUCCAAAACGCUGAUGAGAAUCCGCAGGAAGGCAUGAGAAGUGCUUUGUAUUUUUUCUGGACCAACGCUGCCCACGGAAAGGAGUUUUACAAAAUCCUUCACGCCGGAGAAAACUACAAAGAAUUGAUGAAGACAAACAUCAUCAAGUACCUGAGAGAAGUUAGAAAAGGAGUUGAUCCUCGUUUCGAGGAAGCCGCCAUGUAUUAUCCCAAAGCGUACAUAAUGGAUCCGAUGCUUCUGCUGCAAAUUCUUCACAAUCCGGCUCUGCUGAAUCAAUGGCUGGUGGUCGUCUACAGUUUCUACCUCAAGAUUUGCUCAAAGCUUUGUUUGGCCCCUGCCAUCGACAUUGACCCCGUCCUUGACAGCAUCCACGAACAUCUCCGCAGAUUGGCCCAAAUGUUGCUGCAAGCCAUCGACUCGUUUUUCCAGUACUUGAGCGGUCUGAUCACGAAGCCUCUCCAACCCAAUCAGCCAUUCAGAGUCGAUCACAAACAAAUCGUGACCAUCUUCAAGAUUAGUAAUAUUCUGGACUACUUCGGCUUCGGACACCGCGAAGUGUUUUGGAAUCUGAAGCUGUGGAAGAACAAGUCCAUGUCUUUCAGUCUGAAUUUCGACAAUCCGUCCAAAUUGAUGGGCUCGAAGCAACCCUCGCUCAAUCUGCUCAGUUGGAGCAUCUACAAUCCUUUCCUCUUCUGGAAGAAGAACAAAUGUUCGCUGGCCUUGCAGGGAUGGCCGAGUGAGAAGAAGAAGAGCAAAAAUCCUCAGCCUGAAGAGGUCGGAACGCCGACCGAGAAGUGUCUCUACAAUGUGGACUCGUCACAUAAUAAUUACAGCAGCAAAGCCAUUCUCACGGCACUUAACAAGUACCUGAAGGAAGAUAUUGCAUUUGAGAAAGAGUGGCUGGCGGCAGCUGGAAAUAAUGUGGAGAAACUUAUCGGCUUGCUGGACAUCACCGAAGAAAAUUAUUACGAGCACCCGUUCGCUGGAAUAUUUGAAAACACUUUACUCUGGUUCAAAGAUGCUUGCAAAGGUAUUUGCGAAGAGGAUUUUGGCCUUUUGCACAGCAUUUUCCUUGCCCAUGCUGACUUUGCUCGAGAGGAAUGCAAUGCAACCCUGAAGACGACCGUCUGGGUGUAUCUGUCUCAAAAUGGUAUUUUACCGCAAGCCCCGAAAAUUGCUUCGAAAGAACGGAGUGAAAUGUUGAGGCAGCAAAAACUCUACAACGAGGACGUUGCGGAAUUCCGAGGGCAUGCUGAGAAGUUUGAGGAGAACUGGACUAUCGAUCUUGGCUUUUGGAUCGAAGAUUUGGUGGACCGAGCAACCCCAGGAAAAAUUAGCUACUCGCUCCUGAAAACUCUCAGCACCGCUGAUUUGGUUAAUGGAUUCUGCAGCAUGAUUGACCAAACUGACCUGGACAUGGUGAAAUCCCAAUAUUUGGACAAGAAGAAAUCUGACUACCCCUACGAGAUCAAUGUUGUCCACUAUGUCUUGCCUUGGUUCGUCGCUGCCUAUCAAUUUCUGGCCAAAGACAAGGAGUGGAGCAAACAGAAAAGUGUUCUGGACAAGUACAAAAUUGUUGUCUUCACUUUGCUCUCCAACUAUAAGACAUCGAAGUGCGUUUCCUCCUCGAACUGGAGCGACCACUCAAUCCCGAGUGUUUUGUCUCUCCUCUCGAAGACCUCCAAGGUGUCAUUUGCUGAUGCCCUGAAGUGGAAACUAAAUUGCGUCCAAUCUGAGUACAAGAGACUUUUCCAAGGAGGACCUCCUGUCCCUGUGCUCGAUUCCAUUUUCCUCGAGCAGUUUAAAAUGUUCCUAGUUUUUGACUCUCACCUCGAUUUCAGAGGAAAAGACAAGUUGUGGGAGAACAAUUUUGCCAUCAGUUCCAAGCAUGCUUACAGAUUUCUGUCCAAAGUGGCCCAAUCUCUGAACACUUCGGCCCGUGAUUUGAAUUUGACUGAUUUCCCUGACAAAAUGUUUUCAACCAAAUUGCAUAAUCAGGGCUUGUGGCUGUUCUUCGACCUAUUGAAUGGUCUGUUAACUUCAAAGAAACUGAAAAUUGACCACGACGGGCUCUUCAACAAAUGUUCGGACAUUCUGUUUGGAAAAUUGUUCUUGCAAAAAGUGGACAAAACACUCGAGUUGGAAUUUGAAUCUCUGCGCCUCGAGCAAAUUGCUGGAAUUCUCAUCUACUUAAUUGUGAACAACUUGGAUCCUCAAAAGAGGAAAAGAUUCCAAACAGAUUUCAAAUCUCUGGAGCCACUGGACGAAGUAGAGCGAGCCGUGUUUGGCGUUGUAAGAAAUGACCCUUGGGAGACGAAGCAGGUGCUUUCUCAGUGGUUCAACAAUUCGGACAGACAGGACCAGUCUCUGAUCUCACUCGAAAGCGCCAAAUCCAGCGCCAACGACAAAUUCUACAGUUCAAUCCUGAGUCAUGUGAACCCUGACAUGACUUUGAAACUGAAAAACAAGGGAGAAAUCACUUUCUUCCCGAUCAAGCACUGCAGGUGGUGCGGGAAACUCGAUCCUGAGGAAUUCAUAACUUGCAAAGAGUGCUCGGAGGAAGAAGAGUACCCUGAUGUGAAUUUCUUCUGCUCUGAGACUUGUGAGGAAAAUGCGAUGGAAAAAAUCCACCGCCACGAACAUGAGACGUACCUCAUUGCAAAGUGCGAAAUGUCCUUUAGGUAGAGUGAGAAACUAAAAAAGCACUUACUUUUGUGCUUAAAUAUCUGCGCAAAUUUUGAUGAACUUUGAUUAUAAGAAAUUUUGAAAUGAUCUCUUUCUAUAUGAUGAAUGACAAAUAUUUCAAUAAA